AUGGGAAAGUUGCCCAAAAAUUUUGCACUUCUUAAACGAAGCGAAAACCAACGAAUUUCUAGACGCCGUUUACAAGAAAAUUCAUCAUUUUCUUCUAAUGUGUCUUCUGGUGAAGAUGACAAGAAGGAAUUGUUGGAUGAUAUUGCUUCUGAUGGGAAAGAUGUUGAUUGGGCGCCUUCAAUUUCAGCUGUUUUUAAAGUAAAUUUUUAUUUAAAGAUGGCAAAGGUUUGAGGUUAGUUUUUACAUAAUUUGGGGGUUUUUGGACUCACUGAUACCCAAUUUCUUUUUAUUUGACUAGUUUUUUUAUCAACUCUCUUAGCAAGGGCGUAUCCAGGG